AUGAAUCAAAUUCAAGAUUUAUCGUUAAAAACUAUUAGAUGUUUAGUUAGUGACCUAGUACAACAAUAUAAUGGCGGUCAUCCAGGGGGGGCAAUGGGAAUGGCUGCCAUUGGUAUAGUACUUUGGAAAUAUAUCUUAAAGUAUAACCCAAAAAAUGCUAAUUGGUUUAAUAGAGAUAGGUUUGUUUUAUCUAAUGGACAUACUUGUCUUUUCCAGUACGUUUUCUUGCAUCUUGUUGGAUAUGAAUCAUUCACCAUGGAUCAGUUGAAGAAGUACCACGCCCCAGAAGUGUCUCAAUGCGCUGGACAUCCGGAAAUUGAGUUUGAAGGUAUAGAGGUUACCACGGGUCCAUUAGGUCAAGGUAUUGCCAAUGCAGUUGGUUUGGCUAUUGCCUCGAAGAACUUAGCUGCAAAUUAUAACAAACCUGAUUUGGAUUUGAUUGAUAACAAAAUUUAUUGUAUGGUUGGUGAUGCUUGUAUUCAAGAAGGUGUCGGGUUAGAAGCCAUUUCGCUUGCUGGUCAUUUGGGUUUAGAUAAUUUGAUUGUGAUUUACGAUAACAAUCAAAUCACUUGUGAUGGUUCCGUUGAUUUAACUAACUCUGAAGAUGUCAAUGCUAAGUUUAAGGCCCAAAAAUGGCAUGUUUUAACUGUUGACGACGGAAGUUUUGAUCUUGGAUCUAUAUUGGCUGCAAUUGAGCGGGCAAAGUCAGUAAAUGGUCUGCCUGUCUUGAUUAAUAUAAGAACAAUCAUCGGUGUAGAUACAAAUGUUGCCAAUAAUGCCAAAGCACAUGGUGCCGCGUAUGGUGCAGAAGAAGGGAGAAGGCUUAAGUCCCGCUAUGGAUUUGAUCCUGACCAAUUUAUUGAAGUUCCAAAAGAAGUCUAUGAUUUUUUUAGACAAGGAAAUGAAGGAGCCAUUUCGAAAGGUGCCCUUCAUCAAGAACAAUGGGAAAAUAAGUUGGAGGCAUAUAGCAAGAAAUAUCCUCAAUUAUACAAAGAGGUUGUAUCCAGAAUUAAUGGAAAGUUGCCUAGCGAUUGGAAAGAAUCUUUACCGAAAUCACUUCCAACAGAUGCGACUGCUUCUAGAAAGGCAUCAGGAAUAGUGUUUACUCCAAUUGCUGCCAAAUAUCCACAAUUCCUCGUCGGUACAGCGGACUUAUCCCCAUCAGUGAACUUGUUAUGGCCACAUAAAAAAGAUUUUCAAAAUCCCGAAAUCAAAACUGAUUGUGGUACCAAUGGCGAUUACAGCGGAAGAUACUUACACUAUGGUAUCCGGGAACAUGCCAUGUGUGCCAUUUCUAAUGGUAUCUCAGCUUAUUCCAAAGGCGCCUUUAUUCCAAUUACAUCUUCGUUUUUCAUGUUUUAUCUUUAUUCUGCACCAGCCGUAAGAAUGGGUGCAUUACAGAAUUUACAGGUUAUUCAUGUAGCAACCCAUGACUCAAUUGGAACAGGUGAAGAUGGUCCUACACAUCAGCCUAUUGCAUUAGCAUCAUUCUACAGAUCAUUACCGAACUGUUUGUAUGUGAGACCAGCGGACAACGAAGAAGUUGCAGGCGCGUGGGAACUUGCUAUUGAAACCACUAAUAAACCGACAAUUAUAUCCUUGUCCAGACAGGAUCUCAAGCAGUACCCUGGUAUCACGGACCGUAGCAAAGUGAAAUUUGGUGCAUAUAUAUUGAAGGAAUUUGAUUCAUCAGACAGCCAAAAGUUACAAAUUAUAUCCGUUGGUGCAGAAAGUCAAUUUGCUAUUGAGGCUGCCGAAAUAUUGAUUGAGUCAAGCAUUAAUGUUAAAAUUAUUUCAUUUCCAUGCCAGCGACUUUUCGAAUGUCAAUCCACAGAGUAUAAGAGAUCUGUCUUGGAUCCCCGAAUUGUGACCGUUGCCAUUGAGGCCUAUGCCUCCAAUGGAUGGGAAAGGUAUGCUAAUGCUGGUUUCCACCUAAACGAAUUUGGAAUAUCAUUACCAGGUAAAAAUGCGUAUGAACAUUUCGGCUUUAAUGGCGCUUAUAUCGCCAGCCAAAUUCGAAAAUACUUAGGUGAUUUGCAAAAGGAUGAUCUUAUGAAGUUUGAAUAUCAAGAAUUGAAUAUUACGAAAAAUCAUCAUUAA